AAAAAAAUACCGUCUGCUGUUUCCUCCUUUUGUUGUUGUUGUUAUAGGUUCUUCAGAUUUAAAAGAAAGAAAAAAAUUUUUACAAAAACAAACAAAACAAGUCAAGUACCUACUCGAACACUGUAGGGAGUUCUACAUCUUACUCCGACUCGAGCGCAUGUGCCUCACGCUGCCGCAGUGUCUACAUUGAAUUUGGACAUCUGGGAUGCGUGUGAGCGCUAUUGCCUGUUAGUGCUGGUAGAUGUUGGGCCGUCACUUGAUCGAAUUCCGGCUCACACGAGGAAAUGAUCGACAUAUGGUUCGGUGCCUUUUUAUGUUUUCUACUCGCACCUGGGUCGGUGGCGGAGGCUGUCAGAGCAGAUCAGAUAGUGUUGGUGAUAUUGAGAGGAGUGACGGGCCCGCCCGUGUCGGAAUUGCGCCGUGAAAUCACCCGCCAGUUUGAUGGUUCCAGCCCUGUCAAACCAUUUAUUCAUGUCGUUCCAGGUGACUUGUACGUCAAAGGAGCUUGGACGCUUUUGCCUCUUUUUCCAAAGCUGGUGGAAUUACAUCCGAAUGCGACGUGGUUAGUUAUUCUACAAGACACGACUCGAAUAAAUUGGAUCGAAUUGAUCGAUUUGACGCAGCGCUUCGAUCCCGAUAAAGAAUGGUUUAUCGGGCGCGAGCUAUUCGACAAAGAGCCGACUAUCGUACAUCAUUUUGCCUUCCAUCAUGAUCCAUCAGCAUUCAAAUAUCCCCUUGGAGAGACGGGCAUCUUUUUGAGCUGGCCAGCUGUCAAACGAGUCCACUCGAGAAUAGCUCGCCAACAGUUGCCCAGGGACUUUUCAAUCGACGCACAGCACGAGCUCGCCGUUUACCUCAUGGAUGGUGUCAAUAUGACUCAUUCGCCGUCCUUGUGUCUCCGUCCAGGAGCCAACUGUGCCACUUGGAUCCAGCCGUUUAAGCCUUGCGGGACGUCUGUAGAUGCAGACGAUUUGUUCUUUGCAGUCAAAACGUGGUCAAAGUUCCAUACAGAUCGAGUACCCAUUGUUCAGAGAACUUGGGCUCGCCAAGCGCAUCAACUCGUCUUCUUCAGUGAUGUUGCCGACGAGAGAAUCCCGACCGUGUCUCUGGGCGUGCCCAACACGGAAAGCGGCCACUGCUCCAAGACGAUUUCCAUAAUUGACCACCUGCACGAAUGGAUGGCCUCGAUCGAGCCGAGUCCCCGUUGGUAUGUCAUAGCAGAUGAUGACUCCAUAAUAGGGGUUCGAAAGCUGCGGGAAUUCUUGAGUUGCCACGACCCUUGGCGGCCCCUUCUGAUCGGUCAGAGGUACGGCUACGCUGCUGGGCACAAUUACGGCUACGAUUACAUCACCGGUGGCGGAGGCAUGGUACUAAGUCGAACUGCCCUUCAUCUGAUAGCUGGCAAUUGCCGUUGUCCCGCACCCGAUACCCCCGACGAUAUGUGGUUGGGUGCGUGUAGCGAAUCUCUCGGCAUUUCCAUCGUACAUUUUUCCGGAUUCCAUCAGGCCAGACCGGAUGAUUAUCCGAUGGAGCUGUUACAGACGCAAUUUGUUAUUUCCUUUCAUAAACACUGGAUGCUGGAUCCGGUACAACUGUACGAAACGUGGUUCGCUGAUGAAGAUGAUUUUCCUAUUUCCUCACCUGUCGAUGGUGACAAUAGAUGUUCCGUGAUGGAUCCAUCGCUUCAUUGUCACGUGAAGCAACAGCCCGCCGAGUUGUUUCAGAGUACCAGCAUAGAAAGAUUACCUGAUGAAUUGUGACAUAUCUCGUUGCUCUCAUUCCGUGCAAUAGGUUUCGAUGGGUUACAUCAUCAUUUUCUCUUUCAUCGGGUGCAUCCGUUUUAACCUGUCGUUUUUCUACUUGUUCAAUUGCAAAAGCAAAUCCAUGAAGAAAUCGAGAAAUCCAAAACCUUUUCCUAAACUUUGAGAAGUCCAUUGAUUUUUCAGAAGAAAACUAAAUGCUUUGAAUGCCAAUGGCUUUCUCUGGAAUUUACUUUUCAAAUGCCUUGUUGCCUCAGACACGGAUAGUGCUGGAUCGUUUGGUGCUUAUAGAUACACGAUAAAGUUAGCUGCAAAAACAAAAAAUCGAAAUAGCGCACGUUAGAGUGUGUAGCCAAGUUUACAUUUAAAGCUUUCAACACGACUCGCUUCUGUGUAUGUUCACUCUGCACUGUUCUGUUUUGUUUUCGGAUGUCCUCGUCCUUAACUCUCGUUGAAAAAAAAAAAAAAGAACACAAAAAGGCACCAAAGAAAUCCGACCUAUUUUUAUAUGGUGCAUUGCACAACUCUGUCCGGUCGUUCGCGAGCUUUUACCUGAAUUUCACAUUUCACUAACCAAGUUGCCCUUGCUUUGCUUACGCCAAGGGUUAAAAAUAAACAUGUUUCUUUUUUC